AACUUGUUUGUAACCAGCAAGCUUAUAGCAGCACGGCUAGUCUCGCACACAAAGUUAGCUAGCCGGUGUGUUGUACGUCAACAGCACCUGUACCGGUUAGACUUAAAAACCCCACCUUGAAGCAAAGGUCCUAAAUUACAGCGCAAAAUGGAAAUUUGAAUAUGGACAUUUUUUUGUGAUAAGAUGGGAAGACUUAUUUAUUUAUGAGGAGAUGGUUUAAAGUAUGGACUUGUCGUAUGGCCCGUUGGUCUUGGGUGUAGCAGCUGGCCUCGGCUGUGGGCUCCUUCUUGGUUGGCGCCUUGGGGCCCGCUUUGGCUCAACAUCCAAAAGUCUGUUGAAAGGGAAUGGGAAUGGCUCUGGAGAAGCAAGUGUGAUGGGAGAAGGAGGCGAGUUCAAAAUGAUUCUGGUGGUCCGGAAUGACCUAAAGAUGGGCAAGGGGAAGGUUGCUGCCCAGUGUUCCCAUGCUGCUGUUUCGGCUUACAAGCAGGUCCAACGCAGGAACCCUGAGCUGCUCAGACAGUGGGAAUACUGUGGCCAGCCCAAAGUGGUGGUGAAGGCGCCCGACGAGGACACCCUGAUUGAUCUGCUAGGCCGCGCCAAGGAAGUGGGACUUCCCGUUAGCUUGAUCCAGGAUGCAGGAAGGACACAGAUCGCACCUGGCUCACGCACCGUGCUGGGCAUUGGCCCGGGCCUGGCCGAUCUGAUUGACAGUGUCACUGGAGACUUGAAGCUCUACUAGAGAUCCAGCCUUCAGCUGAGCUACCAGGAGUUUUAAUACAGGGCUCAGUUCAGUAAUGGCACAUUUGUACCUUAAUUACUGUGAUAGCUCAGUGACACAGAGCAGUUCUUCACAUCAGCAGGACACUCACAAAUAUGAUUUAAUAACCUUUUGUUUGUUUCUUUAUAAGCAUUUGCUCAAAUUAUGUACUGUUAAUGAGAAGAUUGAUUUGUAGGCACUCGUACUGUGAUGUUGCACUGAAGCAGCAGAGCAGGUUAAAUGAAUGCAACAUCACAAUUGUGCCGAGACUGAAUGGCAUUUAUUUUUUCCUAUAAAAUAAUUGUUUCAUUUUUUUUUUAAAAUUUGUGUGGUCUCAAAUGAUUUUUUCAUGUAUAACUAGAAAAUGAAUUCAUGGGGUGCUGCUGAUAAAAGCCACAGUUACAAGGCAGAGGUGGAGGUUUUA